AUGCGACUAAAUGAAAUAGAGGACUACAGCGGCGGAGGGGCUGGGGGAACCGGCCAGUCCAACGCCAACUACGUCGACCCCCUGGCCGAUGGCUCCAAAUGCGAGCGCGAUAUCCCCUACCUUCUGCAACUGCGGACCAACGUGGUCCGGACGUAUGCCGUCAACCCGUCCUUAAACCACGAUGCGUGCAUGCAGAAGUUGUCCGAUGCCGGGAUCUAUGUCAUCGCGGAUCUGGCAUCGCCGGACGUUUCCAUCACGUCCAACUCUCCUGUCUGGACGGUCGACCAGUAUUCCCGCUACACCAGCGUUAUCGACGCAUUCCAAAAGUACGAUAACAUGAUUGGCUUUUUCGCCGGCAACGAGGUGGUGAAUCAGGCGAAUCAGUCUGCCGGCGCUGCGUUCGUCAAGGCUGCCGCGCGAGACAUGAAAGCCUAUAUCAAGAACAAGGGAUACCGACAAUCGCUGGUAAUCGGAUACGCGACCACCGACAACCCGGAGAUUCGGCUCUCGCUGUCCAACUACCUCAACUGUGGUGACCAGGCCGACGCAAUCGACUUCUUCGGCUACAACAUCUACGAAUGGUGCGGCGACAAGACCUUCCAGACCUCUGGCUACGAGAACCGCACCGAGGAGUACAAGGACUACUCCAUUCCCAUCUUCUUCUCAGAAUACGGCUGUAACACGGAGAAACCCCGCAAGUUCACCGACGUGCCCGUGCUCUUCGGCCCGCAGAUGGACAAUGUCUGGAGCGGCGGCAUCGUCUACAUGUACUUCGAGACAACCAACGACUACGGCCUGGUCUCCGUGUCCGGCUCCUCCGUCUCCCUAGAACCAGACUUCACCUACCUCUCGUCCGAGAUGCAAAGCGCCACCCCGACCGGCGUCAACAGCGCCAGCUACUCGCCCACCAACUCGCCGCGCGCCUGCCCAACCGCCGACGACACCUGGCUCGCCAAGUCCAGCCCCCUGCCCCCGAUCCCCAACGCAGAGCUUUGUAAUUGCAUGGUAUCCAGCCUGUCCUGCGUAGUCAAGGACUCCGUCGACGCAGACCAGUACGGCAAGCUCUUCGGGCAAGUCUGCGGGUACGGGGGCGGGAUCUGCGACGGGAUCGCGCACAACGCCACGACGGGCUCGUAUGGCGCGUACAGCGUCUGCACGAGCAAGGACCAGCUGUCGUAUGUGUUUGAUCGGUACUACAAGAGCCAGAAUAAGGCUGCCUCGGCGUGUGACUUUGCCGGCGCGGCGUCGGUGCAGUCGCCCAAGGGCCAGUCGGCGGACUGUAAGUCGCUGGUUAGCCAGGCUGGUUCCGCGGGGACGGGGACGGUUACUUCCCAGCCGACGGGGGGCAGUGGUACUACCAGUGGUAGUGGUGGCGCGGCGAGUACGUCCACGUCUAAGGGUGCGGCUGCGAGUGCUGUGAACCCUGCUGCGGUCCGGGUGGGCGGCUGGCCUUUGGUUGCGUAUGGGGUUGUUGCUGCCAUGGCUGGUGUUUUGAUGAUUUCUCUUUAG